AUGUCCAAGUUUUCUCUCAAAGGUCGUGUUGCAGUUGUCACUGGUGCCGGAAGGGGUUGUGGAUUUGCUUUCGCGCAAGGGCUUGCAGAGGCCGGUGCUGACGUUGCUAUCUUUGAUGUGAUUGACCCUGAGCCUUCUGCAUUCGAGCAGUUGUCAUCUGCAAAUGGAAUCAAGGCAAAGGCUUAUGUCGUUGACGUAACAUCCCUCUCGAGCCUUGAAAAAGGGUUCUCGGCAGUUGCUUCCGACUUUGAUGGGAAAUUGGACAUUUUUGUGGCUUGUGCAGGUGUGAAUAAGAACAUUGAGUUCCUUGAUACAGAAGAGGCGGACUUUGACCGGCUGUACGGAGUCAACUGCAAGGGGCUCUACUUCUCGGCUAAGCUUGCCGCGAAGGCAAUGAUAGCCAAUGGUACGAAGUGUGGUAGCAUCAUCUUUGUUGCCAGCAUUGCGUCCUAUAUGGCGAUUCGGUCUCAGCGGUCAACAGCAUACUGCGGAACAAAGGGUGCCGUCAGAGCCAUGGUCGCCCCCAUUGCUGCAGAGCUGGAUGCCUAUGGUAUUCGAGUCAACUCCAUCAGUCCUGGGUAUGUAAGAACAGAGAUGACGACGCCUUUCCCUCACUUGCUUGAGGGAUGGAAAGAUGAGAUUAUGAAUCAUCGUGUUGCUGAACCAGACGACAUCAAGGGAGCUUGUGUCUUCUUGGCCAGCGACGCUAGCAGGUACUGCCAAGGCAGUGAUAUUCUCGUUGAUGGGGGUGUGACUAAGUGGUAG